UAUUUUUUUUCCAUCUGUGAAGUUGGGAACAUUAUAACCACAUCGAUUCCGCGAUGUGACCGCCCUAGUAUUCACCUCAGUGCCCUGCAAUUUUGACAGUUCCCAAAAUCUUUCUCCCACCUCCCUCUCUCCCUCUCUCUCUCUCUCGUUCUCUGUGGGGUUGCAGCGGCGACUCUCAUUCCAACAAGCCUGACCCGGGUUUCCGCACACUGCCAAUCGCAAUGUCCUCCGCGGCGCCGCCGCCGUUGCCAUUCUCGGUGGCGUCCGAACUCAAGGCCCUCAGACACGAGAAGCGGAAUCAGAAUCUGGCGCGGCUCCCCCCGAACGCCACCAUCCAGCGUCGGCCGUUGAACCACGCGCCCGUCGCCGACCUGCGCAGCUCGGGGGCCAAGGCGCCGAAAGUGGUCUACGUCUCGUCGCGCACGCCCGUGGUCGCGGCCAUCAAGCGGGUCAAGAAGUAUCUGGCGCACAUCGAGAGGCGCGCACUCCAGGAUGCCGGAGGACGAAGAGGAGGAGGAGGUGGUGGGGGCAGUGUGACGAAGACGCACGGGCCUGGACCAGUAAAGGCCAUUGAGCAGGCGAACGAGGCGUUGGCCAAGGACAAAGAGGAGGUACUGGUCAAGGCCAGCGGGCGCGCAAUGGCGCGGGCGCUGCGGGUGGGCGAAUGGUUUCGAACCAAGGAAAAGGACCUGCUCUGUCAGGUUGAGAUCAGGGCGGGCAACGUCAGCACUGUGGACGACAUCGUCGAGGUCGAAUUGGAAGGGGACGAAGAGGAGGAUGGCAGUGAGGGUGCUCGUGAGGAAAGUGAGAACGUGGCAGAAGGACCGCUUGAACAGGCCGAGUUUUCAACACUCCAAUGCGGCGACACGACCUUGGAGUUGUUGGGAGGCCUUGACGUAUCUACGAUGAGUUCAGCUGAGAAGAAGAGCCAGUCGUUGAUAGACGAGGCUCAACUUGGGGUGCCGGCAGAACAGAGUGCGAAUCAUGUCGGAGAGGACAGCUCCUUGCCAAAGCAAAGCCGACGAAAGAGGAAAAAGCGAAAGAGACCAAUGUACGAGGCGGAGGAUCUUCCCGAGGCACGGAUCAGGUGGAUCAAGACCGUCGAGGUUGCGAUAACUUUACAAACUUGAUGUCAUCAGUUGGCAAGACUCGGGGAUAUUGUCGAUGUCAUUCACGGCUGGGAUUGCAAUGAACAUAACCCCAGAACCAAACAUCUGUAAGAGUCAAGAAUUAUAGCCACUAAAUCAACGAUUUUGUCUGUCGCCUGAA